AUGCACUCACCUCCUAGAGAACAGCCUGCCAUCAUGCUCUGGAAACUGGUUGAAAAUGUCAAGUAUGAAGAUAUCUACGAGAUGUUAGUCCACACCUAUUCCGCCAUGGACCGGCAUGAUGGAGUGCCCAGCCACAGUUCCAGGCUGUCCCAGCUGGGAUCCGUCUCCCAGGGACCCUACUCCAGCGCUCCUCCGCUCUCUCACACCCCAUCCUCGGAUUUCCAGCCGCCUUAUUUCCCACCCCCCUACCAGCCUCUUCCUUACCACCAAAGCCAGGACCCUUACUCCCAUGUCAAUGACCCCUACUCCCUAAACCCCUUGCAUCAACCCCAGCAGCACCCCUGGGGACAGAGGCAGAGGCAAGAGGUGGGAUCAGAGACCGGGUCACUGCUGCCACAGCCUCGGGCCGCCCUGCCCCAGCUCUCGGGACUGGACCCCAGGCGGGACUACCACUCUGUUCGGAGGCCAGAUGUCCUUCUGCACUCAGCUCACCAUGGCCUUGACUCCGGCAUGGGGGACAGCCUUUCCCUGCACGGCAUCGGACACCCGGGGAUGGAGGAGGUCCAGUCAGUUGAAGAUGCCAAUAACAGCGGUAUGAACUUAUUGGACCAGUCUGUCAUUAAAAAAGUUCCAGUUCCUCCAAAAUCUGUUACUUCUUUGAUGAUGAAUAAAGAUGGCUUCCUGGGUGGAAUUUCAGUCAAUACCGGCGAGGUGUUUUGCUCUGUACCUGGCCGCUUGUCUUUGCUUAGUUCAACUUCAAAGUACAAAGUAACGGUGGGAGAAGUUCAAAGACGCCUUUCUCCUCCAGAGUGUCUGAAUGCAUCCCUCCUAGGAGGAGUUCUUAGAAGAGCCAAAUCGAAAAACGGGGGGAGAUCUUUGCGAGAAAGGCUAGAAAAAAUCGGUUUGAAUUUACCAGCCGGCAGGCGUAAGGCCGCAAAUGUCACUUUACUCACCUCCCUGGUGGAAGGUGAGGCCGUUCAUUUAGCUCGGGAUUUUGGGUACAUCUGCGAAACGGAGUUCCCAGCCAAAGCUGUUUCUGAGUACCUGAACAGACAGCACACGGACCCCAGCGACCUCCACUCCAGGAAAAACAUGCUGCUUGCUACAAAGCAACUUUGUAAAGAAUUUACAGAUCUCUUGGCCCAGGACAGGACGCCCAUUGGAAACAGCCGGCCCACCCCUAUUUUGGAACCGGGCAUUCAGAGCUGCUUGACUCACUUCAGCCUCAUCACUCACGGCUUUGGGGCCCCCGCUAUCUGCGCUGCCCUCACGGCCCUUCAAAACUACCUGACUGAAGCUCUCAAAGGCAUGGACAAGAUGUUCUUGAACAACAACACUGCUAACAGGCACACAUCUGGCGAAGGACCAGGUAGUAAAACUGGAGACAAGGAAGAGAAACACAGAAAAUGA